AUGAGCUUUGAGGGCGGCCACAGCGGCGGCCGGCGCCGCGGGGCGGAGAGCGGGGACGCCGAGCCGCCCCCGUCGCCUCCCCCGCCGCCACCCCCGCCGCCGCCGCCGCCGCCGGGAGAGCCGACUUCGGGCCCCGCGCCCCCUCGCUACCUGCCGGCCCCGCCCGCGUCCCCCGAGCGCCGCGCGGGGUCCGACGAACCGCCCGCGGAGGUGGUCCCGCGGCACCGGGGCGCCGAGGAGCUGCCGCAGCCGCCGGCAGGGCAGGAGGUGUCGGCGACCGGCGACUCCGGCGAAGGUCCGAGGCGCCUUCCGGAGGCGACGGUCCCCGAGGUGGCGGCUGGGAAGGGCGGCCCCGGGGAGCCCGAGGCCGGCGCGGGUGGGGAGGGCGAGCGGCGGGGCGCCGGCGAACAGCCCGAGACGCGCUCCGUGUGUAGCAGCCGCAGCAGCAGCAGCGGCGGCGGCGGCGACCAGCGCGCCGGGCACCAGCAUCAGCACCACCAGCCCAUCUGCAAGAUCUGCUUCCAGGGCGCCGAGCAGGGGGAGCUGUUGAACCCCUGCCGAUGUGACGGGUCCGUUAGGUAUACACAUCAGCUGUGCUUGCUAAAAUGGAUCAGUGAGAGGGGUUCCUGGACCUGCGAACUCUGCUGUUACAGAUACCAUGUCACAGCCAUUAAAAUGAAGCAACCCUGCCAGUGGCAAAGCAUUUCUAUAACACUGGUUGAGAAAGUUCAGAUGAUCGCUGUAAUUCUAGGAUCCCUGUUCUUAAUAGCGAGUGUGACCUGGCUCCUCUGGUCAGCCUUCAGCCCCUAUGCAGUGUGGCAGAGGAAGGACAUCCUUUUUCAGAUCUGCUAUGGAAUGUAUGGUUUUAUGGAUCUAGUGUGCAUAGGUCUCAUUGUCCAUGAAGGCGCUGCAGUUUACAGAGUGUUUAAGCGCUGGCGAGCUGUCAACUUACACUGGGAUGUAUUAAAUUAUGACAAAGCCACAGACAUCGAAGAAAGUAGCCGGGGAGAGUCUUCCACGAGCAGGACUUUAUGGUUGCCGUUGACGGCUCUGCGGAACAGGAACUUGGUCCACCCAACCCAGCUGACCUCCCCAAGGUUUCAGUGUGGCUACGUGUUAUUACAUCUGUUCAAUCGAAUGAGGGCCCAUGAAGAUUUGUCAGAAGACAACAGCUCGGGGGAGGUUGUGAUGAGAGUGACUUCAGUGUGACAAAGCUGAGAAGGUGCGGUGUGGACCACCCUGCACAUUUUGGAAUGUAAUUGCAAUGAAUGGCAAAACCAUAGCACUUCUAAAAACACACAUCUAUGAACUUUUU